AUGAGCAUUCAUAAAAGAUCCUUCCGUUCCGAUGAUCAUGACGAAGAAACCUUUGAUCAUGAGGAACAUCAUCAUUCACCAAAUCAAAAACCAAAACUAACGACCAAAAAUGAUGACAAUGAUCAUCACCAUUACGGAAUAUUUAUUUCAAAUUGUUUACUUUCAACAGAUGUUGUCGAAGCUCACAUUUUGAGUUAUUUGAAUGAUAAAGACUUAUUGCGAGUAGCUUGUACGAGUCAAUUUUGGAGAUUUGUAGUCGGAUUACAUGCUUCCAAGAGAGAUUUGUUGUUAUUUGAUGAGAAUUUGAGUUUGGAUGAGAUGAAAUUUGGAUUGAGUCUUCUUUGGAAAUCCAUCACACUUGUUUCGUGUAAAUAUGAACAAUUAAUUUCAACCUUUCAUUGUGAUGCAACCUCAUUGACGAUCAUUGGAGGUCAAACCAAUCGAGCGUUUGUCAAACAGUUAUGUGAAGGAAAAUUUGACAAGUUACAACUAUUGGCAUUCAUCAUUUGUGGAUAUUCCAUUGAACAAGUACAUUGGCUCUGUGACACGCGCGAUGGGUGUUUUCCAAUGCUCAACUAUUUUAAUUUUGCUGAACAGAGAGCCAUUGUAUCGCAUCGAGAUGAACAAUUAAGAACACUGCAGAAAAAGUUUUCACACGUUAAAUAUUUCAAUAUGAAGGAUCCAUUCACAGUGGAUCGAAAUUACGAGUCCAUCGAGAGACGACAUACAGAACUGACCUAUUUAGCUCGACACAUUUCUCGUGGCACUCCCAAUUACGAAAGGGCCUUCAAAUAUUAUUCCAUGGCUGCAGAGAGUGGUGAUGGCAAAGCUCUCGAAUACGUCGGAUACAUGUAUGAGACUGGAAAGGGCACUCCGAAAAACAACACUCGAGCAUUCUAUUCUUAUUUGAGUGGAGCCAAUGUCUUUCAUAGUCCAGAUUUUGCGUUACGAGUGGCCAGAAUGUAUGAACAUGGUAUUGGCAUACCGAGAGACUUGAAAAAAGCAUGUGAAUACUAUGAAAAAUGUGCCUUUUCUCGUCCCGAAGCUGCUCUAUUCAUGGCACGAGUCUAUGAACAUGGCCUCGAGGAAGUUGACAUUCCCAUCGAUGAAAGUAAGGCAUUGGAGUUUUACAAAAUAGCUGACUCUUCGAAUGCAGAGAUUCAGUUCAAAAUUGGACUCAUGUACGAGCUUGGAAAGGGUACUCCUGUCUCCCUGCCACUUGCUGUCAGUUAUUACUUGCGUAGUGCUCGUUUGGGUUACACAGAGGCUGAUUUUGCAUUGGGUCGACUUGCCUUGCAAAUGUUGGACUUGCCUCUCUCACCUCAAGCAGCACUUGAACACUUGAAAAAAGCAGCAGAAAACAAUCAUUUGGAAGCCCUCUUUGAACUUGGUAAUAUCUAUGAACAUGGUUUAUUGAAUGAAAAAAUUGACAAUGAACGAGCGCUCAAAUAUUUUGAAUUGGCUGCUGAAAAACAAAGUGCUGCUGCACAAUGUAAAUUAGGUUUCAAUUAUGACACGGGUUCGUGUAAAGUCGAGAGAAAUGUUGAAAAAGCCAUUCAAUGGUAUUCUAAGGCAGCUGAGAAUGGUGACACUAUUGCCUUGCAAAAUUUAGGAAACAUAUACCUCCAUGGGAGAGGUGUCCCUGUGGAUGUGGAACGUGCUUUCAAUUAUUUAAAAUUAUCAGCAGAAAAAGGAAAUGCGGAUUCAGCACUCACAAUUGGACAACUGUAUGUGAAAGGGGGUACUAGCAAGAAUAUUACAAAAGACAUUUCAAAAGCCGUCCACUAUUUCACACAAGCUCUUUCGUUAAACCCCAAUCACACAAGAUCCAUGUAUGAAAUUGGAAAGCUGCAUGAGAGACGUCUAGUAGAGCAUUCUUCUGAUUUCACAGCUCUCGAUUGGUACUUGCGUGCUUGUAUGAGCAGUCACGAUGAGUUUUUGGAGAGUUGUUAUAAGGUUGUGAAAAUUGCUGGACGACUCAAAUAUUUGCAAUAUGCCUAUUCCAAGUUCAAUCAAUUAUUGAAAAGAGCAAAUUCAUCAUCAUCCUCAUCAUUACCUCUUGUAUUCUAUUUGUUAGGAAAAAUUCAUGAAAAGGGACAUCUUGUGGGAGUAGAUCAUUCACAAGCAUUUAAUUAUUAUGAAAAAUCAGCCACAUUGGGAUUUGAAAUGGCUCGAAAACGAUUGGAAAAUAUGGAACUUGUUAUCUAA